ACUCGCGUCUUGUUAACUCUGUCAUAUUUAUUUAAUUUUAUAAAUACUAGUCCCCUCUUAACAUAUUUUCUUCUUCCCACUAUAAUAAUUAUUAUAAUAAUAACAAUAACAUCAUACUAUCGUCCUUUAAUUAAUCAAUUAAUAAAUUAAUAAAAUAGUAAAUUGGUAGUGGAAUAAAUUAAAAAAAAAAAAAACUAUUCUUAGACGUGUAAUUAAUUAUUAAUAAUUGUCGUAUUACGGACAUUAAACAUCUUUAUCUAUGUGUGAUAAUGUGUGAUAAUUGAGGGAAUUACAGUCAUUGACAGGUUGUAUAUAUACAUAUAUAUAUAUAUUUAUUUUAUUAUCGAAAUGUCGCACGAUUAUUUAUUUGAGUGUCAAAGGGCUGAAUUAUUGGGCCAGGCCCCGCCGACUGAGGAAGAGUGGAAUCAAAAAUGUAAAAUUAAUUUUGAUAAUGAUAAUAAUCAGGAUAAUAAUGAUGACGCUGAGAAAUUGGAACAAAGUGACGAAAGUAUAAAACGUGUUGGUGGUGGGUUAGAUGAAUUAAAUUCAAUACUAAGUGCUACGCAAAAAAAAAUAAAUCGAUUUAAGACCGUGUGCGGAAGUCUAGGAUCGCUUUUAAAAGUAACAGGAUACUCGCGCAACGCGACACCAGAACAUCAGCCGCAAUCAUCAGCAAUCGAUAAUGAAAACAGUGAUAAGACAGAAGAAAAUGACGAAAUAUUGACGAUUGAAACAGCCGACAAUGAAAAUUCCGAGGAAAAUAAUAUCGAAAAAAAUUAUAAUUCAUCAUCUAAAAAAAUCGAUAUCAAUGAAAAAAUGGGAUCUCAUUUGGAUAAACUUGAUUCGCUGAUAACAAAAGCUGAAAAUGCGCAGUACAGUAUGCAGCAUCAGACAAAACAGAUGAAAAAAAUUCUUAAAAAAUAAUAUGAAAAUUUCAAAAUUUUCGCUUUCAAUCAACGAUUUAUCUUAUUGCUAAAAUUUAUCAAUAUAUUGUUAUAUAUAUAUACAUAAAUAUAUAUAUGUGCUUAUAUUUUUGUUGACAUAAUGUAUAAUUACUGUUGGGAAUUAAAAAAACUUUACUGCUAA